AUGGCAGUCAGUUCUCUUCUUGCACUGCUUUUCUUCGUUCAUGUGACUGGAGCGCAGUAUCUUGCAUGCCGUAAUGGAGGACAAGGACCAUGUCUACCUAACCGUAUCUGUGCUCCUGGGGCUCUCUGCAUACCAACGAUAGUAGGAGAUGUGUGCUGCGAAUUGGCUCAGAUCGUUCUUCCCGGCGUACCCACAACAACAACAGCAGCUCCAGUGCUACCUCCAGUGGUCACAGUACUUCCAGCAACUUGUGUGGAUAAGGUAAACCCAAGAACCGGAGUCUCGGAUUGUCCUCGGUUGGCCUAUCUUUGUAACAAUGCUGUUUACUACACGCUUAUGACAGAGCAAUGUCCAAGGACAUGCAAUAGAUGCACUGGUGUAGGUGUUGCACCGGCACCAGGCGUGGUAGUGGGAACAACCUGCCAAGAUUUGGUCGACUACCGAACCGGAGUCUCGAAUUGCGCUCAGAUGGCUGGUUACUGUCGGAAUCCAAUCUAUGCGACAUUAAUGAGGCAACAAUGUCCCAGAACGUGUGGAUACUGCGUUUGA